CGCACCCAACUUGAACGCUAUCCAAGCAUCUUCGCAAUCGAAGCAAGAGAGAGAACGCUUAGAAGACUCGAGAAAGAAUACAGAAAGUUAGGGUUUUUUAAUCGAAAAAGAAAACUCGUCUAGGGUUUCACAGGUCAAGCAGCGAAGAUGCCGAAGAACAAAGGAAAGGGAGGUAAGAACAGAAAGAGAGGAAAGAACGAAGCAGACGAUGAGAAAAGAGAACUUGUAUUCAAAGAAGAUGGACAAGAAUAUGCACAAGUUCUCCGGAUGCUUGGUAAUGGAAGAUGCGAAGCUAUGUGUAUCGAUGGUACCAAAAGACUUAGUCAUAUCAGAGGAAAGAUGCAUAAGAAAGUCUGGAUCGCUGCUGGUGAUAUAAUUCUGGUUGGAUUAAGAGAUUAUCAAGAUGAUAAAGCUGAUGUCAUCUUGAAAUACAUGCCUGAUGAAGCUAGACUUUUGAAAGCUUAUGGUGAAUUGCCUGAGAAUACCAGACUUAAUGAAGGAAUUACUGGUGGACUUGAUGAUGAAGAUGAAGGUGCUGGUUCUGAUUACAUUGAAUUUGAAGAUGAGGAUAUCGAUAAAAUCUAGGGUUUGUUUUUCUUUUUCAACAACUCUCUUUAAAUUUCAAGUUAUUUUGAUACAUGGAUUUUAAGUUGCUUAAGUGUGUUUGUAUGCCUACUGAUAUUAUGAAUUAUACGUAGUGUUAUCAUUAGGUUUAUUGCUCGAUGAAGAGUUCCAGUAAUAAUGAAUAACCACUUUGGUUAUUAGCUCUCUCUUUUCAUAUGUUUCAGUCAAAUUCAGUUUGCAAGGGAAUUUUCUGUAUGCAUAUGAAAUUUAAGGCUUUUUUUAUUGUUAAAUUGGAAA